UGCAGCGCGGCGGGCCCCGGCCGGAGCGGCUGCUGCUGACCCGGCCGCGCCAGCGGAGCCGCCCCUGGCCGAGGCCCCGCCCCCAACCUGGCCGGGCGGGGGCGCGCAGGUGCCGAGUGAGGACGUCUCCGUCUCCCGCCCCGCAGGCCUGGGUGGCAGGAGUGGAGUGGCAGAGCCGUGGGCCAGGGACGGUGGAGCCCGUGGCCUGGCGGUGGGAGGAUAAAGCCGCGUGAAUUACAGGUGGGACAGACCCUCUCGGACACGGCUUGCCCGGGUGGGCUCCUGCCAGUGCCUUGGAGCAGGUCCUCAGGCCCAGUCUCUGCAUGCCGCUCUCACGGGCUAGUUGGAGGGAAAAGGGCCCCAUGGCACCAAGUGCCCUGCUGGGGCUGCCUGCUGGUGCCCACUGCGCUGGCAUCCCGGUAAGGGAAUGGAGAUGCCAUGUGUCAGAGAGGCCUGAGACAGAACAUCUGGAAAUAGCCAAGCCUCAAGCCCCAGCUUUGACUGCGCUGUGCUGCCCACUGGCUCUGAGCUGCCUCCAGCAUCCCAGGGCGAUUCAAGGGCUGGGAAUCCAGCUGGAGCUCGCUGGGGUCCAUCUGGGCUCAGACUUGGAGAGUAACUUACUGCACCAGAUCGAUCGCACAGGCUGAGGAUCUCGGAUACUUCACACACCCUUGCCCAUGAGCACCAAGAUUCCCUGGGCUGAGGGGUCCGCGUUAAGGGGAAGCGUCUCCAGCGAACGUGCCUGUGACCUCGGUGUCUCUGCAGAUCCCGCCCCAGAGGGCGCCUCUGAGAUGGAGCCAAGUGUUGGGGGCAGAGGAAUCCCAGAUGCUCCUUGCGCAGCAGGCGCUGGGGGCUGGAGCAUCAGAGAGGAGCGGAGCGACACGCCAGGAUCCCGGGAAGUGAAAGCAGAGAGCGUGGCCGAGAGCCUGGGAUGUGGGGAGCUCCUGGCCCCGGGGAGCGGCUGUGUCGGGGGCGUGCUGCUGAUCUGCACUGAGUGCGGGGAGAGCUUCGGGCAUCACGAGGCCCUGAUCGCCCACCAGCGAGGCCACGCCGGGCAGGGGGCAGGGCCCUUCACCUGCCCCCAGUGCCAGAAGGGCUUCGAGCACAGAGCCAGCCUGGUGGCCCACCGGCGCGUGCACACGGGUGAGCGCCCCUACGCCUGUGCCCAGUGCGGGAGGGGCUUCCGCUACAAGACUUGCCUGGCGGUGCACCAGCGUGCCCACUCCGGCCAGCGCCCCCACCGGUGCCCGCAGUGCAGUGCGGCCUUCCUGCAGCGCGGGGACCUGCACGCCCACCUGGGCACGCACCCGGGUGAGCGCCCCUUUGCCCGCCCCGCGGGCGGCCUCCGCUUCCCGUCCCGCCGGGCCCUCACCUGCCACCCGGGCCUGGGCCCCCACCGGUGCCCCCAGUGCGGGCACAGCUUCCGCCACAAGCGCAACUUGGUGCGGCACCAGCGUGGCCAUGCCGGCGCCCAGCCCUACCGCUGCCCCCAGUGCGGGGACGGCUUCUGCUACAAGCAGAGCCUGGUGGCCCACCAGCGGGAGCACACCGCCCCCCGGCCCUACCCCUGCCCCCAGUGCGGCACCAGCUUCCAGCACCAGGCCAACCUGGCCAUCCACCAGCAGAGCCACGCCCCCCCGGCCACCUACUCCUGCCCCCAGUGCCAGCAGAGCUUCAAGUACAAGGGCUACCUGCACAUGCACCAGCGGAAACACUCGGCCCCCGAGGCCGAGGGGCGGGAGCGCCAGGCCCUGCACGGCGGGGGGAGGCUCUUCACCUGCGCUCAGUGUGGGAGGGGCUUCAAGAACAACGGCUUCCUCAUCAUCCACCAGCGAGCCCACGCGGCCGGGGCAGGGAGUGCCAGCCCCACCCCUUGGGGCACCUAGCCCCUCUGCCAGGCCUUGUGCCAUCAGCGUUGCCCAGGAGCCGCAGCAAGGAGCUCUGAGCAUGGCCAGGAGGGGCCCAGCCUGCCGACGGGGGUGCUGUCCAUGGGCCCGGUGCUAGAGGGAGGGGAGGGCUGGGCUGCUCGAACCUAGGGGGUCCAACUUAGGCUACUGGGCGUUGUCUGAAAGCACCAGCUCCGGGAGUCCUGGGGGAACGGCAGCUUUGGAUUCAAAGUGCGGCUGUGGUGCCGGCAGGCGAAGGGCUAGUGGGGUGUCUGAGGACAUGGAGUAUGUGGGGCCGGGCCUUUCUGCUGCUGGCUGCCUGCCCUGUUGCCAGGUGGGUUUACCAGCCAUGCCUGGUGCCCCUAGUUCUCUCUCUGGGCCCCUCUGCCCCAUUUGCCCUUCAGGGUAGAAGCUGCUGAGCCUGGACUGCGAAGUCCCUGGAUGUGGCCCCUUGGGGCAUGACGGGCCCUGGUCGGGGGCAGUUUUCUGGCUGGUGUGCCCAGCUGUGAGGGGCUUUGCCUUGGCAUGGCCCCCGUGAGCCUGCUGCUGGGAGCCGGCAGAUAAAAAGGGGGCCCAAGUGUGUUGCGGGGGCUGGAGGAAACGCCUGCCCUGAGACACUCGCCAGGCUCAGUCUGCUCCAGAGCUGCCUGGAUCGCGGCGCAGCCGGGCUUCCCACAGAGGCAGAGCCAGCCCGUGGCACAGCGCUGACAUUGGACCCCUUCAGACUGAAAUAAGGUGGAUGUUAACAUAGCCCAUCCCCCCGGAAACCACUCCUGGGGUGUUACUCCCUCACCCCCACCACACCAAGCUGCCCAGCUGUGGGGGGUCUCUGCACUGGGUCGGAGCCUGCCCCCAUGGCCGGGGGGUGGGCAGGCCCUGGGUAAAGCAGGGGCUGAAGGCCCUGGCCCUAGAGGUGUGGGGCUCCUGCUGGAGGGGGCUGUUAGUGGCUGUUGGAGCCAUGUGGCCAGGUCCACGCGUCCCACUGGGCUCUGCUCCAGCAUGGGGCUGGCUGCAUGGAUCGUGGUUGUGGCGUUGGUGGGAGGCAGGUCCAGCCCCCCUGUGGCUAAUCACCACCUCCCUGCUGAGGCUGGUGGCAGGGGCCAGUGUUUACCUGGGCCCCAGUGUGCUCCAGAGGCUGGGGGCCAGACCCCAGCUCAGCUCCACUCGACACCCGGGCCGAGGGGCUGCAGGGGCCAGAGCUGGUGGGAGAUCGGGCAGGGCCCGUGUGGCUGGAGAAGUGAAGUGCUGCAAGAAGGCCUGGGAUCCGGCUGGUGCGUGUUUUGCCAAGCUCCCUGCCCCCAGGGCUGCCCCCCGUCUGCAGAGCCGCUGUGGUCCCAAGCGUCCCCUGUUCUGGGGCUGCACGCAGGCUCGGUGCCCGCAUCGCCUGCCGGCAGCGCUCGGCAUACCAGUGUCUUCGUCGGCAGCCGCCUGGCUGCGGCCCCUGCAGAAAGGCUGGUGCUGGGCGAGCGGAUGCUCAGGGCGGGGAAAGACACGGUCACUUGGCCAAUGCUCUGGGCUGCAUCCAGUGGGGUGCAGAAGGGGGGGAUCCUGUCCCACCCCCACUCAUCAUACAUAGCAGAGGUGUGCAGGGGGGAGGAGCAAACCUCAGGCUGACCAGUUACCCCAGCACAGCCCGUGGGGCUCUGACCCCCCAUCUCCCAGUCUGAAGAGUGUUGUGGGCAACGCCCGUAUUUCUGGGCACCCCAAGAGCUGACCUGCCUUGACCGCUCUCUGUACCGUCGCAGAGCCAGCAGCCUGGAUGUGGGUGUCUGGGUCCCCGUGGCUUAGAGCCUGAGCAGGGGGCAAGUCUCCCGGUGGGAUCUGUCUCAGCUGCUGCAGCCGCCUCCGAGCGGGGUCAGCGGAAAGGCGGCCGUUUGCCCCGGCGGGAAUGUUCUGCUGGGUGGUUGGGAAGCUCCCCAUCUUGGAGCCAGGGGUGCCCCUUUUGCUGGUCCCAGGGAAAGUCAGCAAGUGACAAGCCCAGAGCAGUUGUAGGUCCCGUGUGCAGGAGAGGAUGGGCAGGGCCCAGAGCCAGCUCCAGGGAGGUGACUUUCCCAGCAGUGCACACAAGCUCUGGCAGGGGCAGACUCCAGUUCUUCAGGGCAGCAUUCAGCUGCCUUAGCCAUGAAACCAUCCUCCCACAAUCCGCCGUCUCGUUCAGUGUGCAACUUCCUGCAGCCAUUCCUGCCACCCCAGGCUCCUGCACUGCACAGCCAGGGUUCGUCCCCAUGGCCUGUCUGUCCUGUGCACCCAAUGAGGCGGGGACCUGAGGGAAGCACAGGGUGUGAGCCUAAUGCCGACACCCAAGGGACCAAGGGAGGGGCAGCGGAAAGCUUCACUCUGGCAUCUAACUUUGGGGCUGGAUUUUCACACCCUUGUGCUCUUCCACUGUACGGUAUUUAUUAAAUAGUGUUAAAUCCCCUACAGCUGCCCAUCUGCAGCCAGCAUAUGACUGGGUUGGGUGUGGGGGUGUCACAUCUUUGCACAGUGCGUGCUCGGACUGUGGAACUCACUGCCACAAGGCAGGGGGGAGAGCCAGCACCCAGCAGGGCUCAAAAAAGGGCCAGGUGUUUUCUUGGGGCCUGAGAACAUGGAGCUCGGAGAGGAAGGGACCUGGAAGAAAGACUCUGCUACACUGGGCCCGAGCCUGCCUCUCGCAGCAGGGCCAGGGACUGCAUUGGGGCUGCCUUCACCCUUGACUAGUGAGGACGGGGAGGGAAAAAGGCUGCAGUGACCAGGCACGGCACAGCAAGGUCAGUGUCUGAUGGGCAAGCUCAGCAUGACUGUUGUAUUCCUUUAGCUGGAAUGAAAGCCCCGGGUCACUGUCCGGUGUUAGUGUCAAGGACCUCAGCCUGCGUAGCACAAUGGCAAAUGCACCAUUGAAAAUCCUUUUAACUCAGGACACAGAAGCAGGGAAGCCAGUUAAAGCCCUGAAAUCUUGAAGUCUUGAGAUACAGCAAUGAUCUCUUCGUCCUCUGGACAGACACCCUAAACACCCUCAGAGUUUGCCACCCCACUCCCUCCUGGCUAGUAAACUCUAGAGCGCUCCCAGACAACCAUAUACAAGAAACCCGCAGAUCACCAUCCCAAACACACCAAGACACCUGGUAUCUACAGCCAGGCCCUCCGCUACCACAGAAUAUGCUCCAAGGAGAAAGUACGGGAUAUGCGCCUUAACAUACCUUGGAUUGCAUCAUGGAACAGGUGCCCUAAGCCUGUAAGAUCUGAGGCUUCUGCUAUAAAGACAGCAGCCAUCAGCCAAGAAGCAGGAAGUCACAACCUCACGUUCCAUCUAAAUUACAUUAAAACAAUGUCCUAUCAGGCUGUUCAGAAGGCUCCUGUCCGAAUAGCACCCAUCAUCGUCAGACACAGAAACAGAGCUUAAGAUGGUUAAAGAAAGCUUAGUUUGAUGGCAUUCUGUCCGGCAAGACACCACUUAUCAACAGUUGUGGUGUGAAAUCCCGACUUUAUUAUUGUUUUGUCUUUAUGGUCCCCACGUCUCUACUGUUUCUCUGUCUGGUUCUUUGAUUGAUUCUGGCUGCUGUGUAACUAAUUUCCCAGGAUUGGUGGAGGCGGUGGGGUCUGAUCUGGUGAAGGAGCAUUCCACCGUACGUGAGGCUUGGUUAAGGAAUCGUUUCGUACCAUGACUGGUAACGUACAAAUAGGCAGGGUGUAAGUGCCAUGAUAAAACUUGGGGUCCCAGAUGAACCUGGAGGAAGAACUCCCCUCCAGGACACAGCCCAGCGCAAGUUAAAGCUGCCAGAAGACCCUGCGGUGCAGCAGCCGGCCCUCCAGACGACUUGAGCUUUGUGUGGCCGGGGGGAAGAUCGGCUGUGUGCUUGGGUGUGGUGUGCAUUGUGUGUUCAGCGGGGCAUUCUGUCUGGUAACCGUUAAUAAAUACCGGUUAAGGAUAUUAUUGUUUAAGGCUCUUUCACUGGGGAAAGGCCCUGCAGAGUCAUGAGUCCACUGGGAAUGGGUGUUAGCCCGGAGCCCAUGGAGGGGUAAAGUUGGGUCUCUUACUUCCUGAGUACCCAAAAGAGAAGGUAGGGAUAAGAAGAGAACCUGGUUCAGUACAUGAAAAACCCCAAAAGCCACUCACCCCGCACACUUUAGUUGGGUUCCAGUGUGGGGCCGUAGAUGACAUAUGGGGUAUCUUUAAACAAUUGCAACCCAUAGUGGGGACCCCAUCCUGGAAGAAGUUUUUCCUGAACCCCCCAACCUCACCAAGCUCAUCAUCAGAAGCAAGCUCCCCUCAGACCAGGACACAGCGACUCAAAGCGGCGCCAGACCCCUGCCAGAACAACAGAUGGAAAACCUGCAGCCAUAUCUCCACUGUUACAAUGAUCAACACCCCCCACAACACACUUUUCAAGGUCCAAGGGUCCUACACAUGCCUAUCACAAGAUGUGGUGUACCUCGUCCAGUGCGCUAAAUGCCCCAAUAACUGCUGUGUGGGUGAAACCAGACUAUCACUGUGCGCUCGAAUGACCUCACACAGGAAAAUGAUAAAAGAAAAACAUCCUAUCACCGGUGGUGAACGGCUCACAAUGCAAUCGCUCAUCAGCCCUUGUCCUCAAAGGAAACCAGCACAACCCUUUCAACAGACAAGCCUGGGAGCAUCAGUUCAUUGCUCUGCUAGACACUAAACCUCAUGGGCUAACGAAAGACACUGACUAUGGCGUAUUACAACAAACCCAGUGUUGUGGAAAACGAGGCACACCGUCUGUUUGGUUCAAACAGUCUGAGGGCCCGUUAUUGGUGAAUACAAGAAUGCAGGGAGAAGGAGACAGAGAUGGUCACACACAGGUGCCACCCUGGUCUCCCCCUGUCCUGCCCCUAGAAUACCAGUCUCAGAUAGUUUUUUACAUUUUAGUCAAAUGAUACAUUUCCUUAAUGUUUUUAUCACUCAAGCAUUGUUAAUAAAGCCUUAUAAGGCGCCAAGGUAAACAGCUUUAUCAUUA